AUGAUGAUGAAAGAGACAGAUCUGGGCGUGUUCUGCGGCGCUGAGCAGCAGGAAUGUCAGACAUUUGACAGUGACCUCCGUGUACCUGCGCCCCACCCUGAGGCCCGCCACGCCCUGAGCCCUCUGUCAGCGGGGGGCGGGCCGGGGGCGGGCCUACAGCACAGGGGGCGGGGCCACACGCUUUACCACAACCUCAUAAAUCACUCUGGAAGGAAGCGGCUUAUUCAGAGGUGA